UAGAACAAAAAUGAAUAGAGUGAGAGAAUAAAAUACAAGAACAGCAGAAGUUUGUAGGGAAAGACAGAGAGCGGAAGAACAACUACAUUUUGCUGAUCACCGUUCAACCAAAUUGUUCGACAGUUAAUUGCGCUGAUUGCAACCCGCAAUUCACGAUGCCUAACAUCAAGCUACAAAGUUCUGAUGGUGAAGUUUUUGAAGUGGAUGUUGAUAUCGCAAAAUGUUCAGUUACCAUAAAAACUAUGUUGGAAGAUCUUGGUAUGGACGAAGACGAAGAGGAAAUUGUUCCUCUUCCAAAUGUUAAUUCUGCCAUUCUUAGGAAGGUAAUACAAUGGGCUACUUAUCACAAGGAUGAACCAGCACCAUCGGAAGACGAUGAAAACAAAGAGAAACGUACAGACGAUAUAAAUUCGUGGGAUGCAGACUUUUUGAAAGUCGAUCAAGGGACUCUCUUUGAAUUAAUUUUGGCAGCUAAUUAUCUUGACAUUAAGGGACUUCUAGACGUAACAUGCAAAACUGUUGCCAAUAUGAUAAAAGGCAAAACACCAGACGAAAUACGAAAAACAUUUAAUAUUAAAAAUGAUUUUACAGCUUCGGAGGAGGAACAAGUUCGCAAAGAAAAUGAAUGGUGUGAAGAAAAGUAGAUUAACGUCUAUGAGCAUAUAAUAUUCUAACGUAUUAAAAUUUCAGUUUCCAUGUUUUUAAAUCGAGCAGUGCAUCAUUUAUAUUACUUUAAAGAAAUUCUUAAAUAAUAGUUACGUAAUAUUUUUCACUCAAUGCACCAAAUAGUUACUAUCUAACAUAAAUAUAUUAGCGCUUUAAACAAAAUAUUAAAGACCACGUUUAUGUGCCAGUGGUUUUGUUUAUCUCUAAUUUUUUCGUGUAAUUGAUUAAUACUAUUUAUCAUGUAUAGUAGGAAUUACAUAACAAUUCAUAUUACCAUAAUAUUAUUACCUUUGCUUAGUGAUAUAUAAGAUCUGCAAAUUUGUUGUAUAGAAUAUAUGUUCAGUUUCUACUUUUGAUAACUUUAUUCGAGUACACAUUUCGUAAAGCUGCUAUUAAUGAUUCUAAGGAGUUGUAAAUGUAAGUUUGCGACAUUUUAAAUUGAGUAAAAAAAUUAAAAGAAAAUUAAAAAUUUGGUUGUACCGAUGAAAGGCCUCGGUGGCCGCUCGACAGAAAAUUUAGAGGAGGAGGAGGUAGAGGGACUAAUUUCAAAUAAAAAAUGUUACAUUCGGGUAUUUAAUAGCGUAUGAAAUUUAAAAAAAAAAAAACUUAUGCUCUAUACAACUGAAUGCCUAUACCACCCUAUACGUAUACAGAUGUACUAUACUUUAUCCAGCAAGAAAAAAAAACCACAUGUACGAUAAAAAUCUCAUUAGUCCUCUAUGUGUCCAACGAGAAGUGUAUCAUAGGUACCGAUUUGCUGUCUGGUAACAUUUAUCAUAGGUUAGUUCAUAAUAGUUGUCAAUUUUUGAAGUCGAUAAAUAUAUUUUUAUUUAUAUUACAUUA